GUUUUGCGUCGGUCGCGAAGGAGCAACAAGUUGUGCGUUUUCCGUCUCUCUCGACCUCUCAAUCGAGGCCUCACAGCAUCUCUGCAAGUCCAUGAACUCAGGCCCAUUCAUCGUGCCAGAAACACAGCAGAGUUGAGGGCCUUUCAGCCAAAAGCCAAGGCUUAACCCUUUCCGCGAAGUGAUUCUCCAGUGAUGAGAUAAUUGGUAACAUGGUUGAGGUGAUAACGCAACUCAGUGAUAAGCAGAAGGCCGUGACGAUCGGCGUGAUCCUGGCCGUGACUGUGACAAUUUCCCUCCUCGUGGGCGGCAAUCUCAUCGUUCAGGGCAUUAUUUUCCUGCUUGGAUGGUUUCUGUUCUCUGGAAAUCGCCCACAAGCGCUCUAUGUCACUGCAAAGACGCUUCCCAGGGACAUGACAGUCCUUGUGCGAUAUGUGAAGCUGAACUACUACCUGAAGCGCUGGGACAUGGCCGGAUGGACUGUGGGUCAUGUUUUCCAGAGCGUGGUUCGUCGGCAUCCCGACAAAGUCGCCCUGCAGAUUGACGACCACGUGAUGACAUUCCAGGAUGUGGAGAAUCUCAGCAAUCAAGUGGCCAACUACUUCUUCUCCCUAGGCUUCCAUCGAGGCGACACGAUUGCGCUGCUCAUGGAGAACAAGCCUGAGUACGGAUGCAUGUGGCUCGGCCUGUCCAAGAUCGGCGUCGUGACAGCCCUGAUAAACACAAAUCUGCGGAAAGACGUGCUUCUGCACUCCAUCAGAGUGGCCGAAGCCAAGGCGGUAAUCGUCGGGACGGAAUUGAUGGAUGCAAUUGAGGAGAUCAGGAGCGAGGAGGACAUGGCAAAGCUCCCCAUCUAUCAGCAUCACGAUCCAGUGCAGACGCGCCAAGAGUUGCCCCAGCGAAGAGGCACAAUAGGGCUCACGGACGCCCUGCGCGCCGCCUCGCCGGAACCGCCGACUGAGGAGAUGGACAAGGGCAAGGUGGCCGACCGGAUGGUGUACAUCUACACCUCGGGCACCACGGGUCUGCCCAAAGCCGCCGUGAUCACGAACAUCCGCUACAUGUUCUUCGUGCUGGGCUGCGGCUUCAUGGUGGGCGUGCGCCGGGACGACGUCAUCUACAACCCGCUGCCGCUGUACCACACCGCCGGCGGCAUGGUGGGCCUGGGCACGGUGUUCCUCCUCGGCACCACGACCGUCCUGCGGAAGCGCUUCUCGGCCUCCAACUUCUGGACGGACUGCAUCAAGCACAAGGCCACUGCCGCUCAGUACAUCGGAGAGAUCUGCCGAUAUCUCCUGUCCGUGCCAGACAAGCCCCACGAUACGGCCCACACUGUGCGUUUGAUGUUCGGAAAUGGACUCCGACCGCAAAUCUGGCCGCAAUUCGUGGCCAGAUUCAACAUCCAAGACAUCGGAGAGGUUUACGGAUCCACGGAGGGAAACUCCAAUCUGGCCAAUAUUGACAAUAAGGUGGGCGCAGUUGGAUUUGUGCCAAUUUAUGCGGAAUUCCUGUAUCCAGUGACCCUUAUUAAGUGCAAUGAAGACACAGGAGAACCUCUGAGGGAUGCCAAUGGAUGCUGCACGAAGUGUAAACCAGGAGAAGCGGGCAUUUUCCUGGGGAAAAUUACAAGAAAGGCACCGGCAAGGGCUUUCGGAGGAUACGCAGACAAGAAAGCCUCCGAGAAGAAAAUCCUGAGGGAUGUUUUCCGCAAGGGCGACGCUUACUUCAAUUCGGGCGAUAUCCUAGUCCAGGACAUCUUUGGCUACUUCUACUUCAGAGACCGCACUGGAGACACGUUCAGGUGGCGCGGGGAGAAUGUGGCCACGUCGGAAGUGGAGGCGGUCAUCAGCAAUAUUGUAGGUCUGCACGAUUGCGUGGUUUACGGCGUAGAGAUUCCGCACAUCGAAGGCCGCGCCGGCAUGGCGGCUAUUGUAGAUCCGCAGCGGGAGAUCAGCGUGGAGAACUUGUCGAAUGGCGUGCGAGGAUGCUUGCCGGCCUACGCCAGACCGCUCUUCAUUCGCCUGAUGGACGAGCUGCCCAUGACGGGUACAUUCAAGAUGAAGAAGCUGGGUCUGCAGCUCGAGGGCUACGAUCUGGCCAAGGUGUCGGAUCCCCUCUACUACUUGCACUCAGACGGAGUCUACAGACCCUUCACCAGCGACGAUCAGGAGAAGAUCCUGAGUGGGAGUGCUAGGCUGUGACGUAUGUCGAUUUUAUUGUUUUUUUACUGUGUGAGCAACUGUUAUCAAAAUAUAGGAGUGCGAUUGAGGAAUUACGGCAUUCUCCCCGAAUUUCCCCUUAAAUUUGCUGGGCAGAGCACAAAUUCAAUUUUCGCGCAGUGCCUGCGACUGAUGGAAACGGGAGGAAAUUCAAUGUGCACAAGAAGGGAAGUUAAUAUCCUUUUUUGUCACAAACACACCGAGCUGCGUCUGAGAGUUGAU